CCGAAUUCCGAUCUACAUCUUUUGUAAAGUUUAUGAGAUUCGAAGUGUCUGGGGAGAGUGAUUUUAAAAUAAUAAGUAAAAUAAAUAUCUGGUUUUAGUUAUAAUAUAAUUAAAUUAUUGCGAGCAAUAUGGUAACUAUAGUUAAUCUUAAAGGAUUUGAUGAGUUUGCUAGUUACACUGAAAACAUAGAUCCAAAUGGUCCCAUGACUCUUUUCUACUUCAGCGGGUCGAAGACUGAUAAUGGGAAGAGUUGGUGUCCUGAUUGCGAAGUGGCUGAACCAAUAGUCAAAGCAUUUUUGGGUGAACUAAAGAAAAAUGUGACUUUUGUGUUUGUUGAUGUUGGUGAUAGAGAUUAUUGGAAAGAAAAAACAUGUCCAUUCCGAUUGGAUAGUCGCACAAGACUAAUGGUUAUUCCAACAAUAAUUAAAUGGAAAGGUGUUCAAAGACUAGAAGGUUCCCAGUGUAAUAAUAGGGAACUGCUACAAAUGCUAUUUGAAGAUGAGGAUGAUUAAUUUUUUUUUACAUAUUAAUAAUAAUGAUAUACAGUAACAUUUACUAUUAUUGUAUUUGGUAUACAGUACCUUUUCUUGUCCAUAACAUUAAAUGGUUAUGGAGUUUCAAUGUCGUUAGUAUAUUUAUUGUUGUUCAUUGGUUUUUAAGUGGGAGGAAUAAACACAUUAUUGUAUGUAAA